UUCGCAGCGGUGAAUAACCGUGUCAAGGAGAUCAUAAUGGAGGCCAUCGCCCACUGGGAGGAGAGAACUUGCCUUAUCUUCGAGAAGAGGUCCCGGGCCAACCUCUGGUACAUCAAAUUCCGUACCGACAACGAUGGGUGCUGGUCGUUGGUCGGCAUGGAGCCGCUCGGGCCGCAGGACCUCAACAUUGGGCCCGGAUGCGAGCACGUGAGCAUUUUUCUAAUAACUACUUGGAUGAGACGAACCUUCUACGUAUCGCGUGAAGUGUCCGGCUUUCAGAGCAUCGGCUCCUGGCUUUCGGACAAUCACGGCAUGCGCCACGUGACCGGCUUCGUCGUGCGGAAGUCCGACGACGGCGCAGUCGUGCACUUCCGGGCACUUCUGCAGCACACUCUCCACCAGCACUGGCGAGACCUUCACCCCGCGGCAGCAAAAGAAGUCGCCCAUUCGUUGCACCAGAUAGAGCCAACCGUCCUCGUCGUAGUAGCACUGGUCGCCUACGCGAGGAUUAGAUGUCGCAGUAUGUACUCGCCAAAGUUUCUCUUCAAGUCGAAGCUCUGCUCCUUCGGAUCCACGAUGCUCACGAGCGGCGAGGAUGCCAUGCUUCUUCAAAAAGUCCACGCGACGUCGGUGGUGAUCCACGAGAUCGGCCACGCCAUCGGCUUCUACCACGAACAGUCGCGCAUGGACCGGGACGGCAGCAUCCUCAUCCUGUGGGAGAAUGUACCGCGCGACCGAGCCUCCCAGUUCGCCCAGACCUUGGAGAACAGCCGCAAUGUGCCGUACGACGUCACCUCGGUCAUGCAGUACUCGCAAGGGGCUUUCAGCCCACAGCCGUUCGAGAAGAACACGAUCGUGACGCUGGACCCCCACCUGCAGCUCAGGCUCGGCGGAGACGGCGCGCUAACCUUCCGGGACCGCAAGCUGGCCAACCUGUUGUACAAUUGUCCCGAUCUCUGCCCCAACCGACGCAGCAAACGGUGCGAGAACGGCGGCUUCCUCUUCCAGCCCAGCGACGCGAACGACGACGAACCCUGCAGCUGCGUCUGCCCGCCCAACACGGCUGGAGAACGGUGCGAGGAGCUGCAAGGAACGUACUACGGCGAUCCCGUAUGCGGAGGCAACGUGACCAAGGCCGGCGAAGUCAUCGAGACACCAGGUUUUCCAAACAGGGACGUCGACUACAACGGUUGCACCUGGUGGAUACAGGCGCCCGCAGGUCAAGUGCCGCGCCUGACAUUCGAGGAGUUCAGCAUCGAGCCGCGACUGCAGCUGCCGGAAGAACACCCGGGCAGCCGCUACAACGGACAGUGUGCCCGAGAGCGCCUGGAGGUUCGCACGAGGGACCGUUACCACGGAAAGAUGUACUGCGGCAACGAGAUCAAGCCCAACGAGACGAUGACGGCGCAGACACCUGACAUGGUGCUCAUCCUGGGAGCCAAGAGGACGAACACGGGAAAGGGAUUCAGAGCGCGCGUCGACUUCGUCGACAAGGUCUCCGGUCUGGGUGAGAUCGCGAACGCAAUCGCCAACGUCAUCGGAACGGCGCAGAACAUCAUCGAAGCACAGAUUAGCGGAAGAUAACAGCGGAACGUGACGAUUCGCGCAUUCGGUCGGCUUGGCAAUGUCUCGUUUAGAUAUACCACUCAAUUUACACGAUUGCACUUGAGACUUGAUGGAGCAAAUUUCAUUUUGCCGCAAUAAAGGAAGAUAAUUAUUUCUAGAGAAAGAAA